CGACCUCUGCCUGGUGCCAUGAACCUGAGAGUCCCAUGCCCCCUCGCUCCCCGAAGGCUGGGGGCUCCCAUCCUGCCACCGCGGCUGUGUGUGCUGGGUCCCAGGCGAAGGUGUUGCUCUGGAACAGCAGUUGGCUUGAGCUCCAGGAGGCCAGUGUCACUGCUCAGCUCCCUGCCCCAUGCGUGGGCACUGAAUGGGGACACCACAGUGCUCACUGGGCUGAUUGAAGGUGUCCUCACACCCCAGAGCUGUUUGCGGGAGUCCUGGCUUCUUGCUGCCAGAGAGGAUUUUUCAUGCCUUGCUGUUCACCUUUUCCUGCCUGCAGCCCACGGUCUGGGCUGGCUGGAGGGCGGUGGUAGAGGGCACUGAGGGUCACUAGUGAGACUGGGGACCUUGGGAUCCCCCAUCACAAUCCUGCCUGCCAGCUGGAGGGAAGAGCUGGGCACUUCCCUGCUCCUAAGGGGGUGUCCCCUCACCUCCUGGACCUGCAUGCACCGGAGCCGGCGGGCACCCCUCUGACGGGCAUGCUUGAGGCAAGAGUUUGGUGUGCCCCAGUGCCUCUGGGGGCAGAGGGACACUCCUCAGUGCAGCCUCCUCUGCUGGACACUGGCACAGCUCGCAGCGUGCUCCCCGGCAGCGUCUGUGCCAGCUGCCUCAGAAGACAUCUCCAAGCAGCCGGGUGAGCAUGUGCUGCCAGCUGGCCUCAGGCAGACGGGAGACUGGGAGCUGGUCGUACUGGACUGGGAAGUCCCUGGCAUGGAAGCGCCUAACUCACUGGCAGAACCCUGCACCGGAUGCCCGGGCUGGGAGCCAGCCAGGGAGCCAUGGUGCAGUGCACAGCCUGGGUGGUGUGAGCUCACCUGUCCGUGGAGCCCAGGUGCACCUGCACGGCUUCAGCCUGGCGGGGAAGGUGCACGUGGGUCUAUGGCCAGGCUUUGGGUCAGGGCGGAGGCGACCAGCCUGAAGGACAGCCGGGUUCCUGGAGUACUCCUGAGGCUGUGGCAGCAGCUUGGACAGUGCCAGGAGGUGGCGAGAGGGGCCUGCCUGCAGUAUGAGGGCUCGCGCUGUACCGAGGCCGUGGCUAGCAGGAGGAGCAGGCCCCUGAGCCAGGCAGGGCUGCGCAUGGGACCAGCACGCUCGGUGCCUGGAGCUGCUGGAGAGGCGCUGCUAGGCUUCUGGAAAGACAGGAACGAAGCAGGCAGGAAGAUGGCUCUGGGGAUGGUCCCUGGUAGAGGUGGGAGGCCGCAGGAGCUGGCCUACCUGAGGGAGCCCGUGGGGCCAAAGGCAGUGAGCAUCAUGACGCCGAUGGCAGGGCCGUGCAUCUGCCCAAGGCUAACUAACCACCACCUCUGUGAGUGGGGCCGAGCCAUGAACACAUCUGCAGCCCGAGCCAUAUGCAGUGUAGUGUCUCGGUUUGGCACUCGGCACUGGAGCUAGGGCCCAGCUCCAGUGCUCAAUAAAGGAGACCGGCCCCGUGU